AUGACGGACUCUCAUCGGAUUGAAAAAGGAGGCAAGAAUGGGCUGCUGGACAUUUCAGCCAAAAAUCUGAAGGGGGUCCACGGCGGCCGCCGUCACCCCCACUUCAGCCAAAAACCCGAAGGGGGUCCACGGCGGCCGCCAUCACCCCCACUUCAACCAAAAACCCGAAGGGGGUCCACGGCGGCCGCCGUCACCCCUACUUCAGCCAAAAACCCGAAGGGGGUCCACGGCGGCGCCAUCCCACGGCGGCCGCCGUCACCCCCAGCCCAGCCCAAGCCAGCCCGUCCGCCCAGCCCGGCCCGCCCUCUCCCCUUAAAUACCCAAACCCUAAUCCCCACCUCUCACCCACCUCCCACCCGCCUCCCUCAACUCUCUCCCUCUCACUCUUCUCCCUCACACCACCAUCACCACCACCACUCUCCAUCACCACCACCACUCUCCAUCACACCCGCCGCCGCCCAUCCCACCACCGUCCACCGCCGCCGCUGCUACCAUCACCACCACCACCCACCAUCAGCACCACCACUCUCCAUCCACCACCACCACUCUCCAUCACCCAUCGCCUGCACAGCCGCCGCUCUCCACAGCCGCCGCCCUGCACAGCCACCGCCGCCGUCUGCACAGCCACCGCCGUCCGCAGCCGCUGCUGUCAGUACAGCCACCGCCGUCUGCAGUCGCCGCCGUUAG